GCCCUAAACAGUCGCACUAGAUACGUCUGUGUGUGGAAUUUUAAUAUUCAACUUUUUUUUGUACACUUAUUCGUGUACAUAUUGUAAACACGUAUAGUGACACGCGCCUUUUAAAUUUGAUUUCUAACUGAAGUAUUGAAGAUUAAGUUAUUUUUAUUUCUUAUAUAGUUGGUGUUUCACAUUGCACCUGAUCUACCGUCGCAAUUUUAUUCAACGUUGUUAGUGUGAAUUAAAAAGUGAAUCAUUAUCGUAAUAAAGAAAGAUUGUCUAAUUGGUGGUUUUUCUCUUAAAUUUUUAUAUUCUCAGUCGAACUAGGACUAUCAGCAUUUAGUAUUUUGUGAGUUUUAAAUUAUUCUUAAUUGUCUAAUAGCUGGUAUCCAAUAGUGGUGUGAUUGGUAACUAAGUGAACGUCCAAUUAUUGAUUACCAAAUUCUUAGAUAAACUGAACUAAAAGACCUCAUCAAAUCGUUUAAAAAUAACUAGUUUUUUAAAAAGUCGUUGUGUUAAAUGGCUUUUCUGAAACUGACUAAAUCUCAUCAUUGUAGUCAACUGUUAAUAAAAGUAUCUGUCAAGAACGAAAUUUACUUACAAUCAGCAAGAACAUUAACAAAUAGAUCUCAGCCAAUCGAUCAACAGCAACGUAGAAAUAACAGUAUUUCUUUAACAAAUGUUGUCAAACAAAAAUGGGAUCCAUUGGACACAUCAUUUACCAACCCAGAGGCUGCUUUCAAGAGCAAGACUACUUGGGAGGUUUUCCGUGCAUACCUAGUUUACCAACUUUGCUCAUCUUCUUAUCUAGUUGACAAUAAUAUGAAGCUUAUGAAAAUAUGUAAAAAUGUUUUUGGAGAAAAACUAUUUGCACUUAUUAUGAAAUUGACAUUUUAUGGCCAUUUUGUAGCUGGUGAAGAUCAGUACCGUAUAGUUCCAACAUUAAAAAGAUUAAGAUCAUUCGGUGUCAAACCAAUUUUAGACUACUCAGUAGAAGAAGACCUAAGUCAAGAAGAAGCAGAAAAAAGAGAAGUUGAGUCAAGUUUAUCAGAGGUUCAAAAACUGGAGAAAAAAACUGCUCAAAGUGAAGAACAAAAAGUCGGAGGAUCACUUCCUCAAUAUCACGUUGACAAAAAUUUUGCCGACAGACGAUACAAAGUUCAAAGUGCUCGUACUUACUUUUAUUUGAAUGAAGCUACUUGCGAACGUAAUGUAGAAGUAUUUCAAGAUUGUUUACACGCUGUGGCUGGGGCCACUUAUGGUACAGGAAUCACAGCAAUUAAACUAACAGCUCUCGGACGUCCUCAACUUUUGCUACAAUUAUCAGAAGUGAUUAUGAGAGCUCGUUCAUUAGCGAGUGAGUUAAUGGGUGGCAAAGGAAAUGUUAUCGGUCAAGAUUUAACUCUUGAAGAAUUAGAAAAACGUCUAUUUGAAGCUGGCAUUAAAGAUACAAAAAAGUUUUUGGAAAAAGUUACCAAAGACAGUCAAGGUGUUAUACAUCUGUUUCCAUGGAGUGGUUUACUAGAUGAAAAUUCUGAACUCAGUGAUUCUUUUCGUGUACCAUGUUUGAAAGAAGGUCGAAUGGUCAGACUAUUAUCUCAACUAUCCAAGAAAGAAGAAGAAAUGUUCCGAAACAUGGUUCACCGGCUCAACACAUUAGUUCAAACUGCUAGAGAUUUAGAUGUUCGUCUCAUGGUGGAUGCUGAGCAAACAUACUUUCAACCUGCUAUUUCAAGAUUGACUCUUGAACUAAUGCAAAAAUAUAAUACUGAAAAAGCUAUAGUAUUUAAUACAUACCAAUGUUACCUAAAAGAAACACUCAAUGAAGUUAAGACUGAUCUUAAUCAAGCUGAAAGACAAAAGUUUUACUUUGGUGCAAAACUUGUACGAGGUGCCUAUAUUGAUCAAGAAAGAGCAAGAGCUGCUGCAUUAGGUUAUGCUGAUCCUACUAAUCCUUCAUAUGAAGCAACUACUCAGAUGUAUCAUAAUACUUUAACUGAAUGUUUGACACGUAUAAAAGAUCUUAAAGACAAAGGUAAAAGUCCAAAUAAAAUUGGUAUAAUGGUUGCUUCUCAUAAUGAAGAUACAGUUCGUUUUGCAAUUUCCAAAAUGAAAGAAAUCGGAAUCUCUCCUGAAGACAAAGUGAUAUGUUUUGGACAGUUACUUGGAAUGUGUGAUUUUAUCACUUUUCCUCUUGGUCAAGCUGGAUAUUCAGCUUAUAAGUACAUACCCUAUGGACCAGUGAAUGAAGUGCUUCCAUAUCUAUCUCGUCGAGCUAUGGAGAACAAAGGUGUCUUGAAAAAACUAGCAAAAGAAAAAAAAUUAUUGAGACAAGAACUUUUUAGGCGAAUAAUGCGUGGACAAUUCUUUUACAAACCUAAUGGCAAUUUCACACCAGUUUAAAAUUCUCUGAAAAUUUUCACUUUCUCUAGAAUAAAUGUGAAUCUUACUAAUUUUAUAGUAAUGACAAAUUAUGCUAUGUUCUCGUUUCUUUAAGAAAAAGUAUUGAACCAGUAUGUGUUUUUAUGUGUAUAUAUAAAAGCAUUUACUUUAAUUAAUUUGCUAUUUCUGAAUCUCGUUUUACUUAAAAUAUAUAGAAUGUACUUAAAUUUUAUCUAAAAGACAAUAGUUCCUACACUAUUUGUUUCCUUUGAAAAGUAUUAUUAUUGGUUGACAGUUCACUAUGCUUUAAAUUUAUUCCGCCCUUUUUUUAUUAGAAGACAUUUUGUUAAAGAAAUUAAUUGUUUAAGUUAAAAAUAAUAAAUGUAAUAAGUAAACCAUUAAUACAAUUAUUAGAAAAUUCAUAAUUGUAUACUUUGAAAGAUAUGUGAAAUAAAAUAGUUUACCUAAAUUAUAUAUAUAUAUAUAUGCUACUAUUAUUCUGUU